ACUCUGUCACUGCACCAGUGAAGAUCGCGCGCGGGUCACGUCGGUACAUCCGUACCGGCCGGCGUGCACGCGCCGAGCACCUCAGGCUGUGGGUUCACGCGCUCCUGAGGUGACUGCCAAGGAAGCAAGCGCGUGCGUGAGUUGUUUCUUUUUGGACAUCCCCCCUCCCCUUCUUUCAACUUCCGGUUGUCACCAAUUACUUAAGAGGUUACAUCACGCGGGCGCGCGACACCAGGGUGGCAGUUAAAGGCGUUUUCGGCUUCAGCUGCAUCAAAGCCAAGCCGAGCCGAACCGAGCAGCUGCUGCCGUGCACGUGCGCACGCUUCCCAAGUUCCAGGCUGUGAAAGAUGUUCGGGGCGGUGGUGGUCGGCAUUGGAACGGCGGGAUGGGUGAGGAUCCGUGACAUGUUGACUCCACAUCCUGGAAGUCCUGCAGAGAAACUGGCUGUUCGAGGAUUCAUAUCAAGGAGGAACCUGGACAACCAGCAGGGAGUGAGUCAGAUCUCCGUGGAGGAAGCUGUGAGCAGAGAUGACAUUCACGCCGCAUUCAUCUGCACUGAGAAUGAGUCCCAUCAGGACUAUGUGAGGACGUUUCUGCAGGCAGGAAAGCAUGUUUGUGUUGAGUAUCCCAUGACCAUGUCAUACCAGGCCGCUGUGGAGCUUUGGGAUUUGGCUCAGAAGAAAGGACUGGUUCUACACGAGGAACACAUCGAGCUGCUGACCGAGGACUUCAAAGAACUGAAGAGAGCGGUCCAGGGGAAAAUCCUGCAGGAAGGCACGCUCCAUUUCACCGGUGGAGCUCUGAAGGCCGGCUUUGGGUUUCCUGCAUUCAGCGGCAUCGCUCGCCUCACCUGGCUGGUAGAACUCUUCGGAAAGCUCUCCGUGUCUGCAGCCACCUUGGAGGAGGAGCCCGCCAAAGGCUACAGCAAGCUGACGGCAAAGCUGCUGACGUCUGACAACAGACCUCUGACGUGGGUGGAGGAACGGCAGACGGGCCUCCCACGAGCGAAGAACAUCAACUUUGUGUUUGACUCCUGCACUCUGAGCGAGAUCCCGGCUGCGCCCCGGGGGGCCGUGGGGCUCUUCAUGCAGGACCUGAUCCACUUCUCUGCUAAGCUCGCGGGCCAAGUGAGCCCCAGCCAGCUUCAGGGAGAGAAGGAGCGGGUCCUGCACUGCCUGGAGCUGGCGGACAAGAUUCAGCAGCUGUGCCAAAGUUGAGGAUGAUCCCAGCGCUUGAAUGUUCGGUGGUUUUCUGAAGUUGCAGCACAUCUUUGUAUCUGAGAUGAACCAUCAUGCUGACUCGUGUGCGGCAUAGAUGAGCUUCACCGCGUUAACUCUGACACUCCACCUCUCAUGUUACAGAAACAGUAACGUUGUUAUUGAUGCUUUUUAAACAUUUCCUUUUCACCAUGCACAGCUGAAAGCAGACUUGAAGUUCGUCUCAGUGCAGUUUCUCUGAUUUUGAAGCUCCAGAGUGUUGGAAACCUUCCGCUUGUGUCGGGAGCUAUGUGCGAUUGGACCACAGCGGUCGGUUGGUCGGUCUAUAACGUGUUCUGCCGGCCUUAAGAGGAUGCUGUGCUGGAGAACAUGAGGCAUCAACAUCCAUCUGAGUGUCAAAAAACAUGUUUGUCCAGUUCAAGAAGGGAAUUCCUGCCAUUCCUGAAACUUUAAGAAGAAAGAUUAAUAAACCUGACACUGUUUUGAAU